UUUUUGCUAAUCAAAAGUCUUAGGUAAAUAUCACAUAAGUAUAUAAAGGACACGUCUAUGUCUGGGAUUGCCAGCGAAUAUGGCAGCUCUAAAAUGCCUCGGUCUUCCUCUUGUGAUCUGUGCUCUUGGAAUGUAUGUCCAACUGAACACAGCCGAGUUGACGGAAAUGUCCCUUGUUCCGGAACCUGGCAUUUCUACGUGGACAAACUGUGGAUCUUCUGAUAUAUUAAACAUCACCAGUUUCUCCAUCCCGAACCAAAUCACUAUCCCAGGGUCAAUCAAUGUAUCUUUCCUGGGUGAACUUAAAGUUCCAGUGAGUGCUCCUCUCAAGAUUGCCGUUCUGUUGAGGAGGAAAGUCUUUGGCUUGUGGGUGUGGGUCCCAUGUUUAAAUGGGUACGGAAGCUGUACUUAUAAAAAUAUCUGCGAGGAUGUGAAUGAGAUCGGCGAGGAAGGCGGAUGCCCGCUGUUAAUUUCGCUGGCUGGAGGGUCCUGCGUCUGUCCUAUUCAACCGGUGGCGCUUCACCUGCCGCCCACCGUCUGGAACAUUAGCGACGUCGAGCUGCCGUCGUUCCUCGCUAACGGAGAAUACGAAGCCCAGAUUACCGUCUCCAGCGGCACCCAGGAAAUCGCCUGCCUCCGCACCAGCUUUCAUCUUAAACUGCAGUGAUACGUCACCUUUUCCAGUUAAUUAAUAUCUCUACAUACUCUCCAGGUUCAAACCUUCAGGGCGUGUUGCUUUUAGCGAUGGCCCGUUGAAUGUGAUCUGGUUAUUAAACGCAACAUUAAUGGUUCAAAAAUAAAAUCUAGAUGGACUUUCAUCAUAAGGUAUACUAUUCCAUACAUUGUAGUACUCAUCUGACUGGAUAUUAUGGUGUUGGAAUCAGCACAACGUGAACUGAGUCACUGAAGACAAAUUGACAUUGGGUGAUGAAGUGUGCGGGGGGCACAGGAGGUGUAGUGGCUCACUUAGGCUUCGCACUGGUUGUAAUGUCACUUACUCUUAUUUUUUGACUUUAUAAUUUAUAUUUAAUUUCAUUUUCUGCCAAUAGUCGGCGCUGUUCGGUAACUUAUUUAGGUACAUUAAUUUGCAGUGAUUAAGAUGGAUUCCUGCACAGUGCAUUUGCUGGCAAAACCCCAUUCAAGUAUGAAAUAUUAGAAUUUGUCACUAUCAAGUGUUAAGCUGUUUGCUUGGCCAGGCCCCUGUGAAACACAUUGAAAUUGACAGGAAUCUGGAAUUCAUUUGAAAAAGAGGAAAC